CUCUUUUUCACUGUUUACACUGUGUUUAUAACUCACUCUUACAGAAAUAGAAAGAAAUAAACUUCAGUUUCUAUACUGAUUAAUUUUUAUGUAAGUUACUGAGUAAUGAAGCUGAUACGUUUGUAGUUCUUCUGAAGUUUAUUUUACUGCUACUACUUUUCUGUUAGAUACAUUUUACUUCUUGUGUCAUUGUUUCAUUGAAGUAAAUGUUUUUAGGUUUGGGUGGUGGUGAGGGUUCUGCGUAAGUUCUCAUGGGGGACCGUUGUAUGCAAUUUCACUCACUCAGAAUGAUAUUCUUUUGCAAGUCUCCGGCUCCUUGUGAUCACUUUCCUGCAAAUUUUUGAAUACAAUCCACAAAUACAUCAUGAACCUGCUGAAAUAAGGAAAGAUUGAAUAUGACAAGAUGGUGUCCAGAAGAUCCAGUACUCAGAAAACAUCUGCUGCUCUUCACCUGAAGACACCUCGCAGACCAACAGAAAAGAUCACAGGCAAAAAAAAAAGUCACCACUGCUCAGAGUGUGGAAAGAGUUUUACUUCACAGUGCCGCCUCCAAAGACACCAGCGCAUUCACACAGGAGAGAAACCGUAUCACUGCUUGGAGUGUGGAAAGAGUUUUACUACACAGAGAAGUCUCCAAAGACACCAGCGCAUUCACACAGGAGAGAAACCGUAUCACUGCUUGGAGUGUGGAAAGAGUUUUACUCUACAGAUUAGUCUCCAAAGACACCAGCGCAUUCACACAGGAGAGAGACCGUAUCACUGCUCGGAGUGUGGAAAGAGUUUUACUCUACAGAUUAGUCUCCAAAGACACCAGCGAAUUCACACAGGAGAGAAACCGUAUCACUGCUUACAGUGCGGACAGAGUUUUAAUAUAGAGAGUAAUCUCAAAACACAUCAGCGCAUUCACACAGGAGAGAAACCAUAUCACUGCUCAGACUGUGGAAAGAGUUUUACUGCACAGGGUCAUCUCCAAAGACACCAGCGCAUUCAUACAGGAGAGAAACCAUAUCACUGCUUAGAGUGUGGAAAAAGGUUUAGUCAACAGAGUCAUUUCCAAACACACCAGCGCAUUCAUACAGGAGAGAAACCGUAUCACUGCUCAGAGUGUGGAAAGAGUUUUGCUAUACAGAGUAGUCUGCAACUACACCUGCGCAUUCACACAGGAGUGAAACCGUAUCACUGCUUUGAGUGUGAACAGAGUUUUACAAGUCAGAGUCAUCUCCGAAGACACCAGCGCAUUCAUACAGGAGAGAAACCAUAUCACUGCUCAGACUGUGGAAAGAGUUUUAAAGAAAGUAGUUCCCUCAAGAAACACCAGCGAAUUCAUACCUGAGAGAAUAUUUAUCACUCCACAGAGUUAUUCAAAGUUAUUCAGGUUUUAAGACGUGCACAUGAUUUGA